GCGGAAAUGUAUAUUGCCAUGUUCACAGCGGUUUGCACUGCGCCAGUAUAUAUAGGACUACACUUUUGGUCGUCCUUAUAUUGUCGAAUAUCUUGCCAAAGCAUUGCCCUUUGACAAUUGCUUUCACACGUUACGCCUUGACAUGAUGCUCACUAAAAUUUCUGCUCUGGGUGCACUUGCUCUAGUGGCCCCUGUAGCUGCAGACAUCCACAAAACAACACCCCCUACAGGCUUCUACUCUGGGCCACAGCAGGGGAUCGGUUCCUGGUACAGGGCGAGCAGCAGUGGCGAUUCCACAAACGGCAACAGCUGGUGUGGUUAUAAGUAUUCCAACAGCGACCCUCUCUUUGCUGUUUCUCUGAAGGCAAUGGGCGGAGCUACUUACAGUUCCAACCCCGAUAAAUGGAGAAACGACACACGUACGUACUGCGGGCUUGAGGCUAAGGUAACGGAUCCUUCAACCGGAAAGUCCAAGCUUAUGUAUAUUGGUGAUGCGUUUGACGAUAAAUAUGUCCGAAGCCCAGCAUCGAUUGAUAUCAUGAUCGACGGGUUUACCGACAUCCAUGGGGACCCCAAGGGUGACAAAAAUAAGGUCAUCAACCCCGUCAAUUGGGAGUUUACUGGCAACAUCAACACCCGAUAUGAGGCUCCAGGUGCGAAUAAAUAGGAUCAUUAAAUAUUGAUCGAAUAAGCAGAUACUCAAUUCUUUUCUUUCUAUUUUUAACUGUGGUAUUUCUUUUAUCUCCAACCUUCGA